UGAAACUUUUUACGUUCACGCAGAGGAAACGGCAGUGUGCGACAUGUGAAAACUGCCGACGCCACAGCGACAAGCCACGAAUCUGGACCCCGUAGCUGACGCACUGCCCCUCCAUUACGUAGACCGGGGGCUCCAAAUUCCCUACUGCACUACAAGGUAAUCCGUAGUGACAGCAGGUGCCUUACGACCAAGCAAAGCUCGACGCUGCAAACAUUGGCGACAGCAACCUUCACUCACCUCCUACAACAACCGACUCCCCGUCACAUCUAAUACCACCUCGUAUCCGAGAGACCCGAUCACCAUGGUCGUCGACACGGCCUACUACGACAUCCUCGGUGUCCAGGCCACCGCCACCGACAUCGAGAUCAAAAAAGCCUAUCGCAAAUGCGCCAUCGUGCACCACCCCGACAAGAACCCCAACGACCCCACGGCCCACGAGAAGUUCCAGGAAAUCGGCGAAGCUUAUCAGGUCCUCUCCGACAAGGACCUUCGCGCGGCCUACGAUAAAUAUGGCAAGGACCACGCCAAGCCCCAGGAGGGCUUCACCGACCCGGCAGAGUUCUUCACCAGCAUCUUUGGCGGCGAGGCCUUUGUCGACUGGAUCGGCGAGAUAAGCCUCAUGAAGGACCUCACGGCCACCAUGGACAUCACAAUGCAGGAAGAGGCCGAGGAGGCUGAGGCUGCCGCCGCGGCGGAGGCGGCGGCCGCCGAUGGUAAGACAGACGCUGACGCUGGUGCUGAUGCCGAGGCCAAGUCCAAGCAGGAGGGCGAGUUCCCCGGCACGGACGAGGCGAUCAAGCAGAGCAUGAAGGAGAAAGAAGCUGCAGCAGGUGCUGCUGGCACUACCGACCCAGCGGCAGCAGCGGCACCACCACCCGCAGUCGUGGUCGAGGAGGACAAGACCGCACCCCCUCCCGCAUACACGACUACCGCGGACGGUGGCCCUGCCCUGCCGCCCCGUCGCUCGCAAGACGCCUCGCCGACCCCCUCCUCCAGCCGCCAACAGAUCCCUCUCCGCCCCGCGCUCACCGACAAGUCCCACGAGGACCUCGCCAGCGAGUCGCAGGGCGACCUGUCCGAGGAGGCCCUGCGCCGCAAGGAGAAGAAGAAGGGCAGCCUGUCGCGGGAACAGCGCGAGCAGCUGGCGGCCUACGAAAAGGAGCGCGCGCGCAUCCGCCAAGAGCGCGUCGACACGCUCGCCCGCAAGCUGGUCGACCGCAUCUCCGUCUGGACCGAGACCGGCAAGGGCGACGACGUCACCCGCUCGUUCCAGGAGCAGAUGCGCCUCGAGGUCGAGAACCUCAAGAUGGAGUCCUUCGGCAUCGACAUUCUCCACGCCAUCGGCCACACCUACGUCACAAAGGCCUCGACGCUGCUGCGCAGCCAAAAGUUCCUCGGCAUCGGCGGCUUCUUCUCCAAGCUGCGCGACAAGGGCACCAUGGUCAAGGACACGUGGAACACCAUCUCCAGCGCCAUCGACGCGCAGCAGACCAUGGAGGACAUGGCGCGUCGGGAGCAGGAGGGCGGCGACGACUGGGACGACGAGAAGAGGGCCGAGUACGAGCGUCGCGUCACGGGCAAGAUCCUCAACGCCGCGUGGCGGGGGAGCAAGUUUGAGAUUCAGAGCGUGCUGCGGGACGUCUGCGACGCAGUGCUCUACGACAAGAAGGUGCCCCUCGCCAAGAGGCUGGAGCGGGCGCAGGCUUUGGUGCUGAUUGGCGAUGUCUUCAACAAGGCCGCUCGUUCCCCCGAGGAAGAGGGCGACUAUCUCGUCUUUGAGCAGCUCGUGGCCGAGGCCGCGAUGAAGAAGGACAAGGACGAAGAUGGCAAGAAGAAGGACAAGAAGAGCAAGGAGUCCCACCACCACUUCAGCAGCCACAAGCACACAGAGCCUACGCCGGAGAAGAGCUGAAGGAAUCUUGCGCACAGCGGAUGAUGUAUAGAGGGUUUGCGGGCGGGGAAUACCGGUGCAUAUUUACAUAGACUCUUCUCCUGUUUGGUUUUCCUAAUGAUACUCCCACUUGGUUGACCGAUUCAUUCACACCAAAAUCACA